GUAAAAGUUUACCCACACGCUGGGAGGAGGAACCAUUCCCCUCGCCAGCCGACCCACAGAAGACACAUUUGAGCUCAAUUCUCCCUCUCCUCUGCACAGCCUUUCCCUCAGAUAUGCUCAGCACAGAGCGGAUUCCACACACUACAUCAGGAACUAAACACGGACCUCGAAAAUAGCACAUCACAGCGAUGGCCUCUCCUGUGCAGCUGUUCAUGAGCUUGCCUCAUCUGGACUAGGAGCAAAAUUCAUCUGAAACUCGCACGGACACACACACGCACACACACCACUAAAAGCAAAAACACAUCGCUUAGCCAUGUACAGCGUGGAAGACCUUCUCAUCUCUCAUGGAUACAAAGUCCCUCAAAGGAACAGCAACAAUGUCCCUGUCUCACAUUCGUCUUCCCCCCACCCUGCAACCUAUGAGAAAUGUCUGCCGAAGCGAAGCGACAGCCGGUGUGAAAUCGCUGAGAAGCGGAAAGGACACAUCGGCGUGAAUGGCUAUGAGGGGGACCAUGUUUACAGCAGUGGAGGCAUCAGACAAGCUCCUGCCAGGGGAUUCCCCGGUGACGCCGAGAACAGGGUCAGGAAGCAGAGGACACAAGACAUGGACAACGGUAACCUAGGAGAUGGACGUUUGCCAGAAGACAGCCUGACCACGGACAGUGGGUUUUUUGAGACCCACAGAGGAAUACAUUCUCAGCCUAGAUCUGAGCAGGAUGUUUCCUACUGGCGAAGAAGAGGUCAGGACUUUAGUGUGCUUUUGGAUUAUGCAGACUUCAGGGAUCCACGUGGAAGUGGAGGAGGUGUUCCCAACAAACCAGAAGGCAUGCAGCAGAGACCAGAAUCUGCCUUAAGCACAGAGGAACAUAACCGUGAAAGACAACGACGGGCAGAGAGUGCACGUGCCAGGGAGAGAGAGGUGGCUUUGCACCAGUGGAGAAUUGCAGCUGAAAGGAAGUACCAAAGUUUGGGAACAGAGGAGUGGCAUCCAAUGACCAGCAUGAGCCGUCAACCAUCUAAAAAUGAGGUGGCACAAGAGCAACGCAGGCCACGAACUGCAGAAGGAGCCGUUCCACACAGAACCAAAAACAAGUCCCAGUCACUGCCCAGAAUGGCUCUGCAAUCUGAAAGCCUCCAGUAUGUCAACAUACCAACUGCUGGGCAAGAAUCAUAUGGAAGCUAUAAGUUAAAUGGCCACCAUGCACGAGACCCUCAUGGAUGGCAUCUUAAUGAUGGGGAGAACAGGCAGAGGUGGACUGACCGAUCAGGUGCACAGUCUGCACCACUAUCAAAACCCAGAUCCAGCCGACCUCUCAGACCUCCAUCUUAUGAAGUGCACCAGCAGAUGCGAGGGAGCGCAGAGAUACUCACAGGGGAGCUUGCCCCUCGUCCCAGAGACAGAACUCCACUGCCCUUCUCAAGGCAAGAAUACAUUGUACAAGAACUCGCUGGACCUGGUGUGGACCCCCCCGGUUAUAUCCCCCCUCCAUCUUACAGGAGGCAGCCUGUAGUUAAUAGAGGACACAGAACUUAUCCUAUCUCGAUGGGUAACCACCAAUAUAGAGGUGACUCAUAUAUACAGGGAUCUGCAAUGACAGAAGUGCAGGAAUGGUUUAUCAGGCAGACUGGGAUGGCUUGGCAAGACAAUUACAGAGACGGAAAAAUAAGUAUGCCCUGCAGGAGACAGGCAUAUCCAGGCUACAGUGAAGAACGGAUGAGUAAUGUUCAGUACAUUCCCUUUAAUGACCCUCAUGUCAGACAAGUUUCAGGUGCAGGGAUAGAUGGAAACUCGCUGACAGAUGCAGACAAAAUCAGAAACAUCAGAAAUGAUAUUCCGAUCGAUGUCUUAUCUGAGAAGUCUAACGACGGUGCCUUUUCUCUCACAGAGAAACCCUUUGACAGCACUGAACCAAGUCAAAGCAAUAUUAGUGAGUCUAUUAAUGAAGACAGUAUACAAAAGGAAUUGCUUAAGGAGACAGAAAGUUCAACCACAUUACCUGACCAAAACUGCAACAAGCAUCCAGCUACCCAGGGAAAUAUAGUUGCUCUUCAUAUGACAAUGCAACAGAAUUCAAACCAGGGCUUAAUUGAGACAGUGACACAAGUAAAGAAAUUUGAGGCAAAGACUGUAUCUGAGAACAAGAAAAGCUCAAAGAAAAAGCUCAAAGAGACAAUGUUCUGCCUGGUUUCUGUCCCUAUUAGUAUACAAGCUAACAAACGUGUUUCUGACCCAAAUAACAAUGAAAAAGUGACUAAUUUGACAGAAAACACAGUGGUGCAGCACGAUGACCAAAACCUUUUAAAAACAUCACGCAAAGAGACACAAAUACAGUCCAGCAGCUCCCCAUCCAUUAAAAAAUCCCCUCUGAGGAAAGAGAUUGUAGAUACUAGGUCACUUAAUACAAUCAAAGACAAUGAAUUGUUCUAUGCAGAAUCCUGGCCUGGAGAUCAUUACAAAAACCAGGAAACUCAGACGGGUUCUCCGGAAGUUUCCAGAAAUACCCAUCCUCUGGCAAAUGACCAUUCUUCCCCUCAAGCAAUCACUGAUAAUGAAGGUGAAACCAACUGUAGUGCCAACUACGGAUAUCCCAUGAUAGGUCAAAAGGAUCUCAACCCUUCCAGGAACAGUGCAUUCUCCAGAACUAGGAAUGUAAGUAGUUCAAGUAUAAGGAGUCCGACUCUACACCAAUCAGCAUCAAAUCCAUCAUCUCCAGACCGUCAGCCUUUGCUGAGAAAGACAAAUGAAACAGCAGACUCUCAAGAAGUUUUUGGACAGUUCUUGCUAAAGCCAGUGAACAGACGCAAAUGGGAUGCCAUUGGGGAGCUUGAGUCUUUUAAUAAGGAGAUACAGGAUCAUACUGGGAAGCAUCCAAAUGCUGAUCAGAAUAUAGAGCAGCUGGAUGAGGCAUUGAACAGUAUGCUGGAGCUGAGUGACACAAAGAGAGAAGUCAUUUAUACAAGACAGGAAACCACCCCACUUCACGUGAAGAAGGAAACUGACCAGCAGUCACAUAUAGUGCAGGUCACAGAGAUGCAAAUGAAAAGCAAUAACUUAAAUGUAUUGUGUGAUUCAGGGAACAGAGGCCAUCCAGAAUACAAAGGAAUAAUAAGUUCCUUGUCCAAUGCAAAGGUGAACCUGGACAGCCAGAUGCAAGAGAUACCUGUCACCAAAAUUAAUAAUUAUGCCAACUUUGAGAUUAUGCAGAGGGGGAAUGCUGAUUCAGUAAUACAUCGGCAGGAUAUCCCAGUGCCGAAGGAGUGCUUGCUUAAGGAUGUUGGUUUAACAGUAUACACUGCCAUUACAGACACUGUGACCUCUGGAUCUCCUACAUGCUUGAGUCCUGAGUCACCUAUGUUAACCAGCCCUUCAGACAACUCAGAGAUGUGUGAGACUUUGCAGAUUACGUCAUCAGACAGUAGUGGAGAUUUGAGCAGACACAGCCCAGAGUUUGCUGAAUGUACUCAAAGCUUGAACAAUAAUAAUGCCUUCAACUCCAAAGCCUUCAACAAGAAGGAAGCUGGGAGAGGAAACACAGAUGUUACUAGAUCGGGGAGGUCCUCGCGUAUCAGUGUGAUCAAGAGUCUUCAUUGUAGGUUUAAGGCUAAUUAUGAGGAUGAUGACGACAGUUUUUAUUCAGAUUAUUUAAGCUGGAGUAAUGAAAAGACCUUGGCAGAUGAACAUCUUGAGAUUCUUUUGAGUCAAGAGAAGGCCAAUAGUAUGCAGACCGAAGACCUUAGUAAACUGUACCAAGUCCAGUGUGCCAAAGGCAUUCCUGAAAAUGAAUCUAUUGAACAACGGGCUGCCAGAAUACUCGGCAUUGCAGUGCCAGUUGAAGCCUUGGUUGUUGACCAAGUUGAUGACAAACCGGUGGAAAGAAAUUUGAAAACCACAGAUGCUGCAGAAUUGGCAAUACAAGCCAAAGAAAUGAGCUUAAAUGAGGAGAAACGGAAUGUAAGCAGAGAGUGUGAGGAAGUGCCAGAUAGGUCUAUGGAAAGUCAUGGAGAUAUGUCAGAGGCAGGGCUUGGAGGGGAUCCAGAGUCUGGAGAAGAUUUACCUAGUGCUGAAAAGAACAGCCAGAGAGUCUCCUCAGUGCUGGAGCUGCCAGAGUUUCCUCCAAGUAUCUUAUGUUUGUCAUGCUAUGGAGUGUGA